AUGUUGGAGACGCUCGAUUGGUAUUGGACUCCAACCAUUCCCCUCCGGCCUCGAAAGCGGCGGGAAGCUCUCCCAAACGCCUACAUAUCGCCGGAAACCAUCGAUCGUCUCCUGACCGCCUGUUCCGCCCGCAACAUCACGAAUGACCCCGCCGCGGCCGUCUCCAUCUACCAUACCGGUCUUCCCUUCAGCAUUCCUGUUCCCUCGUCCGAUGCAGAUGAUGCAGAGCGCAAGGCGGCAUUUUGCCGCCUCUCUCAGACCUUCACCACCCUCUACGGCCGGGAUCUCACCCAGGAGUCUCCGCAGAACGUCAUUAGCUUUCUGCCGAAGUAUGUAAAUCAGGCCAUGCGGUUACUGAAUGCGUCACAGCCGGAUCCGUUACGGGGUCCGGCGCCUCCGGAGGUGAGUUCGAUGGGCCAUGUAAAUGGCCUUCUAGAGUCCGUGGUGGUGGGGAAGGAGCGGUAG